AUGCCUUCCGGUCGGGAGGGAGGAGGUGACGUUGAGCGCGGCGGCAGGCGGGGUCCUCCCGUAGCCCUGGGGACGUUCUGCUUCCUCCGCCCUGGGCUGCUGCCGCUCCUGGUGACGGAAGAUGCUGGUCGUCUUCGGAGUGGCAGCACUCUGUUUUCUACAGUGGACACUGAUGAAAUACCAGCCAAAAGACCAAGAUUAGAUUGCUUUAUUCACCAAGUGAAAAACGGUCUCUACAAUGCUGCCAGCUUGUUUGGAUUCCCAUUCCAGCUGACCACAAAGCCCAUGGUAGCUUCUGUAGCUUCUGCUUGUAACGGAACACGGAAUGCGGCUCCUUCAGGAGAGGUAUUUUCGAACUCUUCAUCUUGUGAACUGACAGGUUCCGGAUCCUGGAACAACAUGCUGAAACUGGGUAAUAAAUCUCCUAAUGGAAUAAGUGAUUAUCCAAAGAUCAGAGUGACAGUAACUCGAGAUCAGCCUCGCAGAGUCCUGCCUUCCUUUGGGUUUACUUUGAACUCAGACGGCUAUAAUAGAAGACCAGGUGGCCGCCGCCAUAGCAAAGGCAAUCCAGAGAGUUCCUUAAUGUGGAAACCUCAGGAACAGGUUGUAACAGAGAUGAUUAUUGAAGAGGGUGGCAAGGGUCUGAGGCGUCCCCAUUGUACUGUGGAGGAGGGUGUUCAAAAAGAAGAAAGAGAGAAGUACCGAAGGUUAUUGGAGCGACUUAAAGAAGGUGUUCAUGGAAACUCUGUUCCUCCUGUAACUUCACCUCAUCACAGUUCUCAAAGAUGUCACAUGGAUACAUUAAAGACCAAAGGCUGGGGGGAAGAGCAAAGUCAUGGAGUCAGAACAACUCAGUUUGUUCCAAAACAAUAUAGAGCUGCUGAAACAAGGGGACCUCUAUGUCCAAUGAGGAGUGAAAAGAGGUGUUCAAAGGGGAGAAUUUCAGAUAUAGAGAAGACAGUUGGAAUUAGACUUGAAAAUGAAGGUAGGAGGGGACACCAGCUGGAACCUGAUCUGUCUGAAGAAGUGUCAGCGCGACUCCGCCUGGGCAGUGGGAGCAAUGGCUUAUUCAGGAGGAAAAUGUCAACACUUGAGACAAAAGAAAAAAAUUGCUCAGGCAAAGAGAGAGAUAAAAGAACAGAUGAUCUUCUUGAACUUACAGAGGACAUGGAAAAGGAAAUCAGUAACGCCCUGGGCCAUGGCCCACAGGAUGAGAUCCUAAGUAGUGCUUUCAAAUUGCGCAUCACUCGAGGGGACAUCCAGACCCUGAGGAACUUUCACUGGCUCAAUGAUGAAGUCAUUAAUUUUUACAUGAAUCUUCUCGUGGAAAGAAAUAAAAAACAAGGCUAUCCAGUACUUCAUGCAUUCAGUACUUUCUUCUAUCCCAAAUUAAAGUCUGGGGGUUACCAGGCAGUGAAAAGGUGGACCAAAGGGGUCAAUCUCUUUGAACAGGAACUAAUUCUGGUGCCUAUUCAUCGGAAGGUACAUUGGAGCCUGGUGGUGAUAGACCUACGAAAAAGGUGUCUUAAAUAUCUGGAUUCUAUGGGACAGAAGGGCAACAGGAUCUGUGAAAUUCUCCUUCAGUAUUUACAGGAUGAAAGUAAGACCAAAAGAAAUGUUGAUCUGAAUCUUUUAGAGUGGACGCACUACAGCGUGAAGCCACAUGAGAUUCCUCAACAGUUGAAUGGGAGUGAUUGUGGAAUGUUUACUUGUAAAUAUGCAGAUUAUAUGUCUAGGGACAAACCUAUCACAUUUACUCAGCACCAGAUGCCUCUCUUCCGGAAGAAGAUGGUGUGGGAAAUCCUUCAUCAGCAGUUGCUGUGAGAAUGCCUGGCCCAGUCCCUUAGCUGCUGGUGGUUCUUUCACGGACGAACGUUUUCAUAUACCUCAUGCAUUGUGGGUUUAAAAGUCCCUGCAUCGCCAGUUCUCUCACAGGUACUGAGCUGUCAGACAUGCAUGAAGGCCCUGCACCCUAGUGUCCUGACUUGGUAUGCGGAGGGCUGCUUGCAACCUGUUUGUAAGACUGUGCCUGCUCAGAGCCUGGACUAUUCAACCCACAUAGGAACAAACGCUAAUUAAUACUUUUUUAAAAAAGAUUUUUCCCCCCUGUGAAUGUGGAAAAUGCAGGAUUUAUUCUGUGAGCUGUUGUUUUCUGUGUUUGUUCACAUGUAUUCAUUCACUCACUCAUUUGCAUACAUAAUGGGCAGUGGCUGUUUUCUGCUGCUCUUUUACAGUUAACUUUGAAUUGUUUGAACUAUUUAUUUCUGAAAAGACUGUUAAUCAAGCUGCCAUUCCCUGCUGAAGAUGUAGCGGGAAAGCAGUGGGGGUGGGAGGAAGGAAGUGUUAGUUGACUUCUCUGACGUUGGAGCAGUAACUGCCAACUUGAAGCGGGAGGUCUUUUUUUUUUUUUUUUUUUUUUUU